AAAGGAAUGAUUUUGCUUGGGUGCUUUUAAGAUCCAAAACCAGGCCUUGCAGGCAAAGGCAUCCGACUUUACUUGUCUCCUCUCUCAAAUCAUACCCUAUAUUAAGUAUUAACAACCUAAAACAGUAUCUCCCCUUAAUUAACUUAUCUUUCUCCUUCAAAUAAGCACCCCUCCCCCCCUCCAUUACACAUAUCACCUGAUCAUUGCUGUUCCAGAAAAAAAGGGGCUGUGUUAAAGAAUGGCAUCAUUUAUUAAGCAAAUGAGAAUGAAGUUUUCUGGUGCAGAGGAGGAUAACAAAGAUGGCAGCAGGAGAACUCUAGCUCAAACAUCUCAAUCGCUUAAAGAUACGAAAAGAGGCCCAAGCUGGUUCGAUAGACAGCUCUCGUCAAGAAGAAUGAGUCAGGAUUAUGAUUCCAGGGAAGGUAGUAUUGAUUAUGCAGUUGCAGUUGCCGCGGCUGCAUAUGCCAUUAAAUCACUGGAAGACUCAAUGAGGGAUCAGAGGAAAGGUCCUGUACCAGAGAAAAAUGUUACAAUAAGGACAGCAACAAUAGUUGAUACUGGAAAGCCAAUAGCACCAACCUCAUCCAUUAAGAAGGCACCAACCUUCAUGAAUAGCACAAAUGGAGUGGCCAGCUCCAAACCUGAAAUUGAAGCAGCCGGGAAGAUUGACAGACCUGCUGCAACAUCCUUCAGAAAGACUCCCACAUUUGGAGAGAGGCUGCUGGAUCGUCCAGCCACUCGAAAGCCAGAGACUCCGGUGAAGCUUCCAUCAAGACAAUCCUCAUCUCAACCAUCCACCCCAAGAGGGCCAAGUCCAAGAAAGGUUGUAAAAGGAGGUACCAGGGCAGAUGUUUGGGAACAGGAAGAGAUGGAAAAGAUCAGAAAACGGUAUGAGAAGCUGAAUUCCACAAUUGAUGAAUGGGAGACUAAAAAGACAAAAAAAGCCAAACGCCAUUUAGAGGAAGUAGAGGCUGACUUGGAUACCAGAAGGGCAAAAGCUCUGGCACAUUACCGCAAUGAGGUUGAGAGGAUUGUAAACAUUUCGGAAGGAGCCAAAAGACAGGCAGAGCAGAAUCAGCAAAACGAAGAGCUUAAGGUGAAAGAAAAGGCAAGCAAGUACAGAUAUACUGGGAAUGCCCCAUCAACAUGUUGGUGCUUGUAAAUCAGACCUGUGAAAAGUAUUCUUUCAAUAAUAAGAAAAUUGAAAAAGCUUGUCAGUAUAUAAUCUCCAAAAUUUUAUGACAAGGACAAGUGAAAAUUUAUUGUAUUGUAUUUCUAGAUUGUAUAGAAGAGAGAGAUCAUGGAUGUGUGUAGAUUGACAAAA